AUGUCAAAUACUUUUACAUCGGGAGAACCAGGAGAGACAACGCAGGCUGACGUGAAAGAACGCUUGGAGCGCGACGCUGGCUUCGUGUCCGGGGGGGAUGACGACGACUCGUGCUCCGGGCCGGCGCACUCCGACGACUCCGGGGUGAGGCUGGUCGACAGCGAGUCCAGGGUCAAGCGGGAGAGGACCCCCGGCCGCUCGCAGCCGCCCAAGAAGCGCAUCCGCCUCGGCAGCAGGGAGCUAGCGAGCCCCGGCAGCGACUCGAACCCCUUCAGGCCGUGGUCCUUCGCCGAGGAGCCGCAGAACGAGCCGCUGUCGCUCGUCAAGAAGCGCGGGGAGGCGCGCCAGAGGCAGAGGCAGUCGCCCGAGAGGCCCGAGAGGCCGGAGCCCCGGGUGCCGCCCCACCCGGCGGUGGUCGACUACGCGGACAAGGGCAAGCCGCGCGAGCAACGGAACUACAAGAACAUGACGCGCGAGAGGCGGAUAGAGGCGAACGCGCGCGAGAGGACGCGCGUGCACACGAUCAGCGCCGCCUUCGACACCCUCAGGAGGGCGGUGCCCGCGUACAGCCACAACCAGAAACUGUCGAAGCUCUCCGUGCUGCGGAUAGCGUGCGCGUACAUCUCCGCGCUGUCGGCGGCCAUCGAGCCGGACGGCGACCUGCCCGCAGCAGUGAUGAGCGUCACGCAGACAAUACACACCGAGGGUAAGCUGAGGAAGAAGAAGGACGACCCC